GAGGACGUGGUGAACGUAAAGGCCCUGUUGCUGUUAUUAUUCUUUAUCGGCAGAAUAGCGGGAGGCGUUAACCCAGAACAGACAUUUGGUCUCUCAGAUGGGAUGGUAGUGCUGACUCCCACACUGCCUGCAGCCACCUCCAAGAUCACCAGGAUCCUCUGGAAGCAUGGAAAUGAUAAAGCAGCGGAGUGGGAAGAGGGGGAUCCGGCACCAGAUUAUUAUGGCAUUUAUAAAGAAAAGGACCGCACAAAGCUGAAUAUAUCCACUGGGGUGCUGACCAUUAGCAUUUUAAGUAAUAAAUGCAAUGGACGCUACUCCGUUGAAAUCAAUGGGCAGUCAAUUGAAAAGGCAUACAAUCUAAUUGUAAUUGAUCCUGUUUCCAAGCCAAUCAUUGAAUCCUCAUGUUCUGACAGCAUCUGCAAUCUGACCUGUAAGGGGAAAGGCACCGAAAAUGUAUGGUAUGAGUGGACAGGCAGCAAAAAGGUGGAAGGGGACAAGCUGACGGUUUCAGCUGAGGACAUUGAGGAUAUCCUCCACUGUAAAUUCAGCAACCGCCUGAGUUCAGCGCAGAGUGAUCCUGUGCAUGUGAGAGACUUGUUUCCGUCAGGAUUGUUCCAGAAGAAACCAGGUCCAGCAAUGCCUGAAAGCCAACCUCUGAACCGAAAUGCUAAACCAGAAGACACCUCUCCUCAACCAAAUACUACUACAGAUGGAAAUGACUAGUUUUUGAGACUUUUUGGAGAAGAAUUGAAGUGGAUCAGUGCGACAAUAUGAUCAUCCGACGUCUGCGCAGUAUCUACACAUGCUAUCACUUCAGCAACUUUUUGUUAGACAAUGAAAAUGGUCAUUGAAAAGAAAAGGAAUGUAAUUUUAAAACAAAGAUCAGUUUUCUAUCAUAUUAAUUAUAUAUAGACAUUACCACCAUGGAGCCACCCCUUGCCCCCCCCCCCC